AUGUCUUGUAUGGAGGACGAAUUCUUCUCCGAUGUUGUGCAACGAGCUUUCAAUCACGCCUGCCUUGCGCACGAUCACCAGGUGGCGGUCCUGCUCUGUACAAGAUCUCGCUGCAGAUUGAGCAUCACGGAUGUGCUGACGGUCCUGCAGCAAGCCAUUGACGAAUUGGAGCUAGAAUAUAUCUCCACCUUGCUAGGCGCGACCAGUGUCUCUGGCAGUGAACUGGAAAUGCUCUGGAAGCAUGUGGCUCGGCAAUACUCCAGCGAAUUCCUUGUCAUUCUGGAAAACCUGCUCAAGGCUGGUGCUAGUGGAAACUCUGUCGUCGCGACGUUGAUGAACGCGAUCGGGAUAAAUGACGAGCGUCUCGUCAGUCUUAUUCUCGCCGAGUGGCAAGCCCCGCGCUUCCUUCAGCAGCGUGAAGAGUUCGAUUAUCAGAAUCGCCAGCCAGUGUGGAAACCGCUGAAAGAAAUGCCCGAGACCGAAUAUUUCACGGUCCUCGGUCGAGGCUUGUCGAUUGCGGUUCGCCUAGAUCAACCCAGAAUCUGCAAGCUUCUCUGCACUGCUGGGGCGCCUCUUGUGUAUCGACGAAAGUCGCUUAUUGAACUCGCCAUUGUCCUUGGAAGUCACAGAGCGCUGGAUGAACUCCUUCGAUACUCCACUACGCGUUCUGAAAUGCAGGGCAUUGCCGACUUUGCUCUCCUUCAAGCGGUAGUGAAUAACCGCCCAACCUGGAUUGCUGGUCUGAUAGAACUUGGUGGUUCAGUUGAAGCAUAUGGAAUAGAGCCCUUGAAAGCCGCCGCGGCACUCGAGCACAUUGAUAUGCUAAAUGCUCUUCUCCCCUACAAUCAAACAUUGGAUGGACUCCAGGCAGUGCACCAAGUACUUGAAAAGCGUCUUGCUGAACCUAAACCCAACCUGGAAGAUCUUUGCGCUAUGUUCGAGCAGAUCUGUACGGCAGGAUUCGAUCAGGCCGAGUCAUUCAGCAACGCUCUUCUGUCGCUCUCAGGCCUCCGAUUCGCAGCCGUCAAUCAUGUCGGAAUCUUGAUCAGCUGUGGAGCAUCCGUCGAAUACAAGGAGGGUGAGUGCAUGAUACGGACAUGGAGGCAUGGCAAUGUUCAACUGUUCCCGUAUCUGCUCGCCCAAUGUGUCCAGACGUCUGUCGCGACAGAGCUCUUGAACAAGGCUUGCGAAGACUAUCUUCGAGGAGGCGACAAUGGUUUCAAUCUUCAGGGUGAGGGAUCAUUGGUCGUCUUCGGAGCCCUUCUCAGAAGAGAGGUUUCGCAGGAAUCUCGCGAUCUGAGCCUCGACGCGAUUGCGCGGCUUGACCCUACUGACAACGCUUGUCGCUAUGAGGUCAACACUUCAGAGAUUAUCGAAUUACUGUUAGAAAAUGGAGCUCGAUUCAUAGACGGGGCUGGAUCACCACUCUAUCACGUCUGCAGACUGUCUGACAAGCCGAAGAUUCACUCGCUGGUUUUGAAGAGCAACCCACCUGUGCGAUCUCGGUUCUCAGCUUUGUAUCACCUUUUCCGGAACCAGGAUCGGUCUUCUUCUGGGGGUUCGAACAUAUCCCAGGCCGAUGACAGCCUAGACCAAGCCUGUUUGUACAAUAUCAAUUUCCCUGCCUCCGAAGCCGAAUGUGUCGAGCUAGAGGAGUCCGACAUUAUCAGUCUCCUGGGAGCAAUGUUGAACCCGAGAGGUCGAGGCGUUGGCACCACCUUGAUGUUUUCCUUCUUCUUUAUGAAGGGUGGUCUCCGAUUGCUUGCACCCCGGACCUGUUGUGACAACGACCGGAACGGUGUCGAACAGAUGUUUGCCGCUGCCAUCAUGAAUUCUGACGAGACGAGGCUGGAACGAGAAAGCGCUGAGCAACGAAUCGAGUUUCUCCUGCGAGUCUUACAGAUAGACGCACUCAAUGCCGCCGGUGUUUGGUCAGACACCACUGGAUUCGCUCUAAAAGAGGAGGCUCUGAACAGGCUACUGAUUCUGUCGGUGCAGCAUGAGCGGUUCUCGCUAGUCAACACGCUCGUGGACUCUGGAGCCGAUCCGAACGCAACAGACCAGGACGGAAGGUCGGCCCUCUAUAUGGCCACUGUCGCGAAUUCUCUCGGUAUAAUGGAGACUCUGAUCGAGAAGGGUGCGAGAGAAAAUGACGGAAGCUUACAUAUUGCGACGUGCCAGCAGCAUCACGAAGCAAUGCAUUUACUUCUUCAAUCCGAACAUAGUCCUGGCCACUGUUCUCCUCUCUUCAUGGAGGGGACGCCACUGGACGCCUUUCUACAGUUCAAUCACCCCCGAGUUGCUGAAGAUCUCUUCGCUGUGACACUUACAGUACUUUUGUGCGAUGCAGAGCUACCUUCGGAUUUCUGGACCCGAGAGCCGUCUCCUCUUUCUCUGGCAUUGUGUGGGUCGUCUCCAUACGAGAUGUUCCGCGUCUUGCUAAAUUUUCUCCCGGUGAAAGUUGCCGAGCUGCCCCUUGUCCGUCAAGACAGGUUCAUGCUUUCCAUCCUCAGCUUGGUGGAAAGAGAAGACGAUAUUCCAUUAUCUGACGUCCAACGAGUCGACCUCGUAGCUCGACUGGAAGAGCUCGAGCUCACACGGACUUAUUAUGCAGUGGAAGGAGAGCAGCCGGAAGAUGCCGUGAACGUGCCAGAAGAACUCGAGGCCCCAGAAAUCCGAGCACGCCGUCGUGCCUGGAGAGAAAAAGACUGCGCGGUAUGCUCGGACAAGCCCGAAGACCGAAACGCGAUCCACGCCGCCUUGUCGCCGACCUGUGAGGCCAACCACGGCUGGGACGACGACAUCAUCUGCACCGACUGUCUACGCGGCCACCUCGAGUCCCAAAUGUUCCCGCAGGGCAACGACAGAUUCCCCUCGGCCAAAGUGAAAUGCUGGGCGGCCAAUUGCGCCGACAUGCUUGGCCACAGCGUCCUGCAAGAGCACGCCACGCCCGAAAGAUUCGUCGUGUACGACGCCUCGCUCGCCCAGCUCUGCCUCAACGACGGCGCCAACACGGUCAAGUGCGCCAACUCAGGCUGCACGGGCGCAGCGUGGCUGGACGAGGACGAAGACAAGGCCAUCACCAUCGUCCGCUGCCCGGUCUGUGCAGAAGACACCUGCAUCCAAUGUAACCAGCUGUACGAUCGGCAUCGGGACGAACCGUGUCCGCGGGGCGAAGAGGCCCUGGGCGCUGAACGCAGGAGGGCAGAAGAAGCCGCCACGGCGGCGGUGCUGGCCACGGGCAAGAAAUGUCCAAAGUGCAGAUUGCCGUACGAGCGGAUCGAAGGGUGCGACCAUAUCGUGUGCGGCAAGGAUGCGCAUUCGCGGGCGAGGAGUCGCGGCUGUGGCUUCGAGUUCUGCUACAUGUGCGGUGCCGAUUACAGUGCCAUUCGGACAGAGGGCAACACUGCGCACGCGAGGGGCUGUACUCAUUACGCGUGA